AUGAAACUCGAUUGGUUUGAUGCCAAAAGCAAGUGCAAGGACUUCGGAUAUAACAUCUUGGCUAUAAAAUCCAAAGACGAAAAUGCAGCCAUUCAAAAUAUUCUUAAGAAUCACAGCGAAGACUUUGCAAUUGGCGGAUUUGGCUUUGAGGUGGACGGAAUUUGGCGAUGGGAUGGCGAUAGAGAACCCUUAACAUACGUGAAUUGGAUUAGUGGAGAACCUGUUGCAAACUCUCUGAAAUACUGUGCCUACAUAAGGUCGAACGAUGGCUUGUGGAAAACUUCAGAUUGUGACAAUGAAACUCUUUUCAUAUGCCAACAAAUUUCCAGUGAACAAUGA